AUGUCUCAAUUGAACGUCCUUAUUAUUGGUGCCGGGGGCAGAGAGCACGCAAUUUUGAACCAAUUGUUGCUCUCUCCAACCGUGGCCAAAAUCUUUAUCACCCAAGGUAACGGGGGAACCCAUACGAUUUCCCACCCUUCUAUUGAAGUUGUCAACGUUCCAAUCGGUGCUUCUAAAAAAGAUUUCCCAGAAUUGUUAAAAUUCGCCAUUGAAAAUGAUGUUAGAUUGGUGAUUCCUGGUCCUGAACAACCGCUCAUCGAUGGGAUUGUCGAUUACUUCCAGUUCAACAACUACUCGGGUAAACCAAUCGCAGUGUUCGGUCCUAACGCAAAGGCUGCGGUCAUGGAAGGAUCAAAGACUUUCAGUAAAGACUUUAUGGCAAAGCACAGCAUUCCAACCGCCGAGUACAAAAACUUUGACAAGUACGAGGCCGCCAAAGAAUACAUUAAUUCCGUCGAACAUCGUAUUGUCAUCAAGGCUUCUGGGAUUGCUGCUGGUAAAGGGGUGUUGAUCCCAACCACCAAGGAAGAGGCCAUGGAAGCUCUUGAUGAUAUCAUGGUGAAGAAGAAGUUUGGUUCUGCCGGGGACGAGAUUGUUAUCGAAGAGUUUAUGGAUGGUGAUGAAAUCUCCAUCUUGACCCUUAGUGACGGUUACUCGUUUGUCAACUUGCCACCAUCCCAGGACCACAAGAAGAUUGGUAAUGAUGACACUGGGUUGAACACCGGGGGCAUGGGUUCUUAUGCUCCAACUCCUAUUGCCUCCGAUCCAAAAUUAUUGCAAAAGAUCAAUGAUACUAUUGUCAAGCCAACCAUUGAUGGGAUGAGACAAGACGGCUUCCCAUUUGUCGGGGUUUUAUUCACCGGGAUCAUUUUGCUCAAUGGUGAACCAAAAGUCCUCGAAUAUAAUGUGAGAUUUGGUGACCCAGAAACUCAAUCGGUGUUGCCAUUGAUCAAUUCCAACACUACCGAUUUGGCCCAAGUGUUUUUGGCGGCUGCUGAAGGUAGAUUAGACUCCGUGAAUUUUGAAGUUGAUAACUCCAAGUUUGCCACCACCGUGGUUUUGGCAGCUAACGGGUACCCAGAAGCCUACGAAAAAAACAACGAGAUCACUGUCGACCACGAAGCCAUCAAGCAAUUGAACAAAAACGUCUCGGUUGUCCAUGCGGGCACCAAGUUCAAUGAACAAGGAAAAGUGGUCACCAAUGGUGGAAGAGUUCUUGGGGUCACUUCUGUUGCCAAUGAUUUGAAACAAUCGGUGGCUAACGUUUACGAAGCUAUUAACCACGUCAAUUUCAAAGAAAAAUAUUUCAGAACUGACAUUGCCCACAGAGCAUUCAAACAUUUAGAAAACAAAACCACUAAGAAAGCCAUUACUUACGAAGAUUCCGGGGUGUCUGUUGACAAUGGUAAUUUGUUGGUGGAAAACAUCAAGAGUCUUGUGAAAUCGACCAAGAGAGCCGGUGCUGAUUCCGAUAUUGGUGGGUUUGGUGGGUUAUUUGACUUGCACCAAGCUGGUUACGAAAAUUCCAAGGAAACUCUUUUGGUUGCCGCCACCGAUGGGGUUGGUACCAAGCUUAGAAUUGCACAAGAAUCCAACAUCCACAAUACCGUUGGUAUUGACUUAGUGGCCAUGAAUGUCAAUGACUUGGUGGUACAAGGGGCUGAACCAUUAUUCUUUCUUGAUUACUUUGCCACUGGGAAGUUGGAUAUUUCCAUUGCCCACGAUUUCGUUUCUGGGGUUGCUGAAGGUUGUAAGAUCUCCAACUGUGCUUUGGUUGGCGGGGAAACCUCAGAAAUGCCAGGCAUGUACGAAGGAAACCACUACGAUACUAACGGUACCGCAGUUGGUGCGGUGUUGAAGGACCAAAUGUUACCAAAAAUUGAUGAUAUGGCGGUUGGUGACGUUAUCUUGGGGUUGGGUUCUGAUGGGUUACACUCCAACGGGUUCUCCUUGGUGCGUAAAAUUAUUGAAGUCAACGAAUUGGGAUUGUCCGAACAAGCCCCAUGGGAAACUUCUGAAAAGAUGACUGUUGCUGAAUCUUGUUUGAUUCCUACCAGAAUCUACGUCAGACCAAUUUUGAAGGUUCUUAAGUCUACUAAGGCCAUCUUAGGAUUGGCUCACAUCACUGGGGGUGGGCUCGUGGAAAACUUGCCAAGAUGUUUGCCAAAACAUCUUGCUGGUAAGAUUGAAUACGGGACUUGGCCAGUACCAAACAUUUUCAAAUGGUUUGGUGAACACGGUAAUGUGCCAAUUGCCGAUUUCUUCAAGACUUUCAACGCUGGUAUUGGUAUGGCAGUGAUUGUCAAGGCUGCUGAUUACUCUGAAGUCCAAAAGAUUUUCGAAGAAGCUGGUGAAAAGGUGUACAAGAUUGGGGAAUUGGUGGAAAGAGGUGAUAAAGAAGGGUGUUUUGUUGACUCUGUUAAGGAAGACAGCUUCUACAGCUACUAA